AGCAAAAUGAAGAUUAGAAUAAGUAUUUUAUGUUUGCUGUUUGGCAGUAUUGCUCUUGCAGCAGCUUAUAGGAUUAAUGUUAAACCAGCCGUUACAAAUAGUUGUGUGAAAUGUCAUGAAACUGAUCCGGAUAAGAUUAACGUGCAUUUGGUGCAUCAUUCUCACGAUGAUGUUGGAUGGUUGAAGACUGUUGAUCAAUAUUUUUGGGGAUUAAACUAUACCAUUGUUAAUGUUGGCGUUCAAUACAUUAUAACAUCAGUGGUAAAUGCUUUAUGGGAACAUCCAGAUAGAAGAUUUAUCCAAGUUGAAACUGCCUUCUUCUGGAAAUGGUGGAAAAGUCAGGACGAUGUAAUGCGAAACAAGUUCAAAACCUUAGUGGACAAUGGCCAAUUGGAAAUUAUCAAUGGAGGCUGGGUGAUGAACGAUGAAGCUUGUGUCAAUUACCAAUCGACCAUUGAUCAAUUUACUUGGGGAUUCAGAAUUCUAAAUGAUACUCUUGGUCAAUGCGGGCAACCUACAAUAGGAUGGCAAAUCGAUCCGUUUGGUCACAGCAGGGAACAUGCCUCGAUUUUAUCCAAAAUUGGCUUUGAUGGUCUGUUUUUUGCACGUUUGGACAUGAACGAUCGAGAACAAAGAAAAAAGGAUAGUAAUAUGGACUUUCUAUGGAAGACCAGUGCUAAUAAUGAUGACAGUGUAAUUUUCGGAAGUAUGUUUGGUCCAGAAAAUAUUUAUUAUCCACCCACUGGGUUUUGUUUUGAUGUACUUUGCGGAGAUGAUUCUAUUGAUGAUGAUCCAGAAAACGAUGCCUACAAUGUUAUUGACAAGGCCAAUCUCUUUGCAGAAAACAUAAAGUCGUAUGUAAAAUACUAUAAAACAAAUCACGUUUUAAUAACCAUGGGUGGUGACUUUCAAUAUCAGGCUGCAGAGAUAAACUUCCAAAACUCUGACAGAUUGAUAAAAGCAUUUGAAAAUAACACAGAAAUUAAGCUACUCUAUUCCACACCUUCUUGCUACCUAAAAGCAGUGUACGAUGUUCAACCAGCUUUGGUAACCAAAACUGACGACUUUUUCCCUUACGGCAGCGCUGAUCAUACGUAUUGGGCUGGCUAUUUUACUUCAAGGCAAAAUUUUAAGAGAUUUGAAAGACAGAGCCACAAUAUUCUACAGGUUGCCAAACAGCUUACGACCAUAGUCAGCAAAUACAACUCUAGUAGCAAAGUAGAUGUGAGACCAAUAAAAGAACUUAGAGAAGCCCUGGGAGUAAUGCAACACCACGACGCCAUUACUGGUACUGAAAAGCAGCACGUAGCACGGGAUUAUACGAAAAUACUGGCAAGAGCUGUUGCACAAGCAGAAGACACUUUUACGGAUUACAUUGGAAAACUGCUGGGAUUACCCAAUUUAUCAUCCUUCACCAAAUUAUCCUCGUGCAUUUUGGCCAAUAUGAGCAUUUGCAACACCACCCAAUCCUCCGAUGGGUUUAUCGUUUUCGUUUAUAAUCCACUUGCCUGGCCUGUCAACUAUACUAUUAGAUUACCUAUAGACGACUAUUCUACAACAGUUAGACCUGCAAGUUUUCCAAUAAUAUUUGACAUCCUAAAUCCAAUUUCGAAUUUUUCUUAUGUCCAACUCGACAAUGUUCAUCCAGCAAAAUAUGAGUUAAAUAUCAUGGCACUUGAAGUGCCACCGCUUGGAACAAAAGUUUAUCAUGUUCAUAAGGUCACUGCUAAAAAACCGUACAGUAGCAAUGAAGUUGUUAAACAAGCAGCAUAUUUAGGAGAUGAUCGAAUUGGAUUCAAAAUUGAUAACGACAGCGGCCUCUUGAAAUCUAUUACCAUGAAUGGUAGAACUGUGGAAAUAACUCAACAAUUUUUGUAUUAUACCAGUCAUAAUGGAACAAAUGACACCGACCCAUCGGGAGCUUACAUAUUUAGACCAGUAGCUGAAGCCAUCCCGAUUGUCGAACGUCCAUAUUUAUCCUCUACUUUUGGGUUUUUUGUUGAUGAAGUAGAGCAAAAAUUUAAUGACUGGUUAACGCAAAUUAUUAGAGUCCACAAGGGUUCUAAUGGAACCCAAAAUUAUAUCGAGUUCGAUUGGCUUGUUGGACCUUUAAAUGUAUCUGACGGUCAUGGAAUUGAAAUUAUUACCCGAUAUACUGUGAAGGAUUUCAAAAACGAGGGAACCUUCUAUACAGAUUCAAAUGGAAGAGAAAUGAUUAAGCGAAUAUUGAACUACAGACCUACGUACUCGUACAAUUCGUCAAUUGAACCAAUUGCCAGCAACUAUUAUCCAGUAACGUCGAAAAUCAGCAUUUUGGAUAAACAACAAGAUUUGCAAGUGUCUAUAUUGAACGAUCGCGCACAAGGUGGUAGCAGUCUUAAUGAAGGCGAAAUCGAGUUAAUGUUGCAUAGAAGAACUCUAAGGGACGACAGUAAAGGUGUCGAAGAGCCAAUGAACGAAACGGAAUUUGGUCAAGGAAUUGUCGCCAGAGGUCAACACUAUUUGGUAUUAGGGCCAAUAUCUGGCACUCAGAGUGAUGGCAAAACAGUAACUGCUCAAGAACGAACAAUCGCCCAACAAAAAUUACUGCAACCGUGGGUGGGUGUUGGGGAUGCAAGCAAAAUUCCUAUAGGCACGAUUGAUUACUUGAUAAGUACUUCGUAUUCAGCGUUGAAAAAAAGCCUGCCUGAAAACAUAAACAUCCUGACACUGGAACCAUGGACUGAAACCACUUACCUCCUAAGAUUGGAACAUAUUUUAGAGAAAAACGAAGAUCCGAAUCUUUCCUCAGAAGUAACCAUUGACUUAUCAGAUCUAUUUGCUCAUUUUACGAUAACCAGUGUCGUGGAAACCACUCUUGGUGCCAACAAAAAUCUGGAAUCAAUUGAAUCUAAACCUGAAUGGAUUUAUGGAUAUAACGAGGUUCCUAAAAAGUCUUCGUUAGCAGGAACUGAAGUUGUCCUAGCGCCUAUGGAUAUCAAGACUUUUAUUGUUGAAUUGGCUAAUUGAGCGUGGAAAAAAGUUACCUAUAGUCUAUUUUUUUGAAUGCUGUUAUAAUCAAACUGUCAUUUCGUCGUUUAUUGCAGGAGAUUCAUUCACUCUUCAAAGGAUUUAGGGGAUUAAAAUUGGUUGAGUAUGAUUGAUUAACCAGCUUUCAAAAAAAUAGACUAUAAUUGAUAAUCACUUCUAUGAUGAAAAUAUAAGAUAUUUUUUUAACAAAAUAAAUAAUUUUGGGUUU